AAGAAUUGCAGUGGUAAUACUUGCAGAAGAGGCAUAGUACUUAAUAUUGCAAGUUGGUUAGGGUAAUUAGGUAAUGUUAAUGAAGGAAGUAAUGCAGACAAGGAAUACCAAAACACAGAUAAAGAUAUCUGAAACUCUUUCAGUCUGCACAGCAACCCUCGUCUUGCCACUUUUGCUGGUGGUAUGGUCUACAAACGGGCAAAGCUUCAGUGUUGAGGCUAGGCAUCUUUUGGACAUCACCUUGCCACAGAUACCUGAGCAUUCUGCUCCUGAACUGCCUGAACUCCCUAGGCCUGAAUUGCCUGAGCUUCCACCACUUCCCAAGGUGGAGUUGCCACCAUUUCCUGAAUUUCCAUCCAUACCUAGACCUGAAUUGCCUGAACUGACUAACCCCAUAUUGCCUACAUUUCCCACUAUUCCAGAAGACAUCCCCAACCCCAAACAGAACCCAUCUCAUUCAACCUCCAGCCCUUGAAUUAGUAUACCGCAUAUUGCUUCUUUAGUGGAUUUCACCAUGAAGAGCUUGACCUUUGGAAUUACUAUAUUUAUGUUUAUAUACAUUGUGCGAACUGAAAAGCUAUAAGUUCUUGAUUAUUUACAUUAUAUUUGUAUCGAUUUGUCAUAUGUUUCUGCCAUGAGAUUGGUUUCAUUGUUGUUUAACCAGCUGUAUUGUACUUGAUAUCUUAUCUAUAUAUGUAUUUUGUAUUAAGUAUGUUGAAAGCAUAUAUAUGUAUUUUGUAUUAAGUAUGUUGAAAGCAUAGUCAAUGAACAAGGAAUGCGAGCACAAUCAAAAGGAACUUGAAAGUAAUAAAAUUUCCUAGUUUCU